AUGAAGAACUUUGUGCAUAAUAGGAUUUUCUUAUUUCUGGCUGUCUUACUGGCACAUGUUCUACUUGUGAAAUGCCAGGAAGAAAUUGAAGAUGAGCUGAGCUGCACAGAAAAUGGGCAAGUGUACUCAAACAAAGACAUCUGGAAGCCAGAGCCAUGUCGGAUCUGUGUGUGUGACAAUGGGGCGAUACUGUGUGAUGAGAUGAUAUGUGAUGUACCAAACUGUGAGAAAGUCUACAUCCCUGAGGGAGAAUGCUGUCCCAUUUGUCAAGGUGAUUCACCGGACAUCAGUGGCAAUGGAAGACCAGAUGGUCGGGUCUACAAGGGUCAGAAAGGCGAACCAGGAGAUGUCCCAACUAUUACGGGAAUUAGAGGCCGUCCUGGACAAAUGGGACCUCCAGGGCCAGCUGGAUUCAUGGGAUCCCGUGGCCCCAAAGGAAGGCCUGGGCCACGAGGUCCGCCGGGGUUUGAUGGAGAGCCUGGAGUCCCUGGUCUUCCAGGAGAGCCCGGUCCUCCGGGACACCCCACGCACCCUGGAGGCCAGUUGUCAGCUCAAAUGGCUGGGGGAUUUGAUGAAAAAGCAGCAGGACAGGUUGGAAUGGUGCCUGGUGUAAGGGGUGAAGCAGGAGCAAGAGGACCACCUGGGCCAAAUGGGCAACAAGGGUCCCCUGGGCCACAAGGACCCCCUGGGGAACUGGGUGACCCAGGACCUAUGGGAAUGUCUGGUCCAAGGGGACCUGAGGGACCACCAGGAAAGCCUGGUGAAGAUGGAGAAUCAGGCAAAUCAGGAAAUUCUGGGGAAGUGGGAUUUCCUGGGUCACCGGGGGCAAGAGGGUUUCCAGGUACACCAGGACCUCCUGGCUUGAAAGGCCACAGAGGGCACCAAGGCCCAGCUGGUUUAAAGGGAGAGCGUGGUGCUGUGGGAUCAAAGGGUGAAUCUGGUCCUACCGGCCCAAUGGGGGCACCUGGUCCUAUGGGGCCAAGGGGAAUGCCAGGAGAGAGAGGACGCCUAGGUCCGUCAGGAACGCCAGGAACGCGUGGUUCUCAGGGAAAUAUUGGUAAACCAGGUCCGAUGGGACCUUUGGGACUCAGUGGACCUCCAGGGUACCCAGGAAUGCCAGGGAUGAAGGGCCAGCCUGGACCUACAGGAGUCAGGGGCCCUGAGGGACCACAAGGCCAAAGGGGGGAGACAGGACACCAAGGACGACAAGGGCCCACUGGCCUUCAGGGUCCAGCAGGGGUUGAUGGAGGGCCUGGUUCCAAAGGUCCAGUGGGUAAUCAGGGUCCUCAGGGCCCUGGUGGUCUACUUGGCCCUCCUGGUCCACCAGGUCCCCAAGGGAGCACUGGACAGCCUGGGAUUAAAGGUCAACUGGGAGAUGUUGGUGUUCCUGGAUUUAAGGGAGAGGCUGGACCUAAAGGAGAGCCUGGUCCUCCAGGAUCCCAGGGAUCCCUUGGUCCUCAGGGAGAAGAGGGAAAAAGAGGAGCCAGAGGAGAUCCUGGGUCUGUGGGCCCACCAGGACCUGUUGGUGAGAGAGGAGCUCCUGGAAACCGUGGAUUUCCAGGUGCAGAUGGAUUACAGGGUCCUAAGGGUGCCCAAGGUGACCGUGGAAUAGGUGGUCCACCUGGCCCUAAAGGUGCGACUGGAGAUCCAGGGAGGACAGGCGAGCCAGGCCUUCCAGGAGCAAGGGGUUUGACUGGCACACCUGGAGUCCAAGGCCCAGAGGGAAAACCAGGCCCACUGGGUCCACCUGGUGAGGAUGGUCGGCCAGGACCUGCUGGGUCAACAGGAACCAGAGGUCCAGCAGGAUCAAUGGGAUUACCAGGCCCAAAGGGCUUCAGUGGAGAUCCAGGGAAGACAGGUGAACAGGGUUCAUCAGGUGUACCAGGGCAGAGGGGUCUACCAGGGAAGGAUGGAGAAGUGGGCCCAGGUGGUCCAGCAGGCCCUCCUGGACCAGCAGGUGACAGAGGAGAACAGGGACCCCCUGGCAUGCAUGGCUUCCAGGGAUUGCCUGGACCACCAGGUGCCCCAGGAGAGCCAGGGAAACCAGGUGAUCAGGGUAUUCCAGGAGAUGGUGGGCCACUGGGCUUAAUUGGACCAAGGGGUGAACGUGGAACUCCAGGAGAGAGAGGAGAACUUGGACCACUUGGAUUACAAGGACCUAAAGGAAUCCCAGGAGCACCUGGGCCAGAUGGGCCAAAGGGUAGCCCAGGUCCACCAGGUGCCCUUGGUGAUCCUGGCCCUCCAGGUCUGCAGGGAAUGCCAGGAGAGAGGGGUAUCUCGGGUCCACCCGGUCCAAAAGGUGAAAGAGGGGCUCUUGGUGAGAAAGGAUCAGAGGGAACACCUGGAAAUGAUGGUGCCAGAGGACUCCCUGGCCCCCUUGGCCCUGCUGGGCCACCUGGUCCAAGUGGUGAAAAGGGAGAACCUGGGCCAAAAGGACCUCCUGGACCUCAUGGAUCCAGGGCAAUGCCAGGGGAUAGAGGUGAACCUGGGCCAACUGGUCCUGUUGGCUUUGCUGGACCACCUGGUCCUGACGGUCAACCAGGAGUCAAAGGUGAACCAGGAGAGCCUGGACAGAAGGGUGAUGCUGGCUCCCCUGGACCCCAGGGAUUGGCUGGACCUCCAGGAUCUCCAGGUAAAGUUGGUGUGGCUGGCCCAAAGGGUGGAAGAGGAACACAGGGUGCUCCAGGCCCAACGGGUUUCCCAGGAUCUCCUGGAAGAGUCGGUCCACCAGGCUCAACAGGGCCUCUUGGAGCACCUGGUCCACUAGGUCCUCCCGGAAAAGAGGGACCACCUGGUCUCCGUGGAGACCAUGGACCUCCAGGCAAACAGGGAGAGAGAGGUCCACCCGGCCCUGCUGGAAGCCCUGGAGACAAAGGAGAUCCUGGGGAGGAUGGACCAACGGGUCCUGAUGGUCCACCAGGUCCUGCUGGUACAACUGGACAGAGAGGAAUUGUGGGACUUCCUGGUCAGAGAGGAGAGCGUGGAAUGCCUGGACUUCCAGGACCUGCUGGUCCCCCGGGAAAACAAGGCACACCAGGGGCCCAAGGAGAUAAAGGUCCUCCAGGCCCUGUUGGAGUACCUGGUGCUAAUGGACCUCGUGGUGAUCCUGGUCCUGAUGGACCACCUGGAUCUGAUGGCCCACCAGGCAAGGAGGGAGUUAUAGGAGAACGGGGUGACAGAGGAGAUCCUGGUCCGGAAGGACUGAUUGGUUCUCGGGGUGCCCCUGGCCCUCCUGGUCCUGUUGGAACAACUGGAGGCCCUGGAAAGAGAGGAGAGCCGGGUUCAAGAGGACCCGUGGGUCCCCCUGGAUCAGCUGGAAAGAGAGGACUAACAGGACCACAAGGUCCCAGAGGAGACAAGGGAGACCUGGGUGACCAUGGAGAACGAGGACAAAAAGGCCACAGGGGUUUCACUGGUUUACAGGGUCUACCAGGACCUCGUGGUACAACUGGUGAGCAAGGACCUCCAGGAAUUGUUGGCCCGAGUGGUCCAAGAGGACCUCCAGGGCCUGUGGGACCACCAGGGAAAGAGGGUUACAUCGGACAGCCUGGACCUAUGGGUCCCCCUGGAACAAGAGGAAUCACUGGUGACAUUGGACCAGAGGGACCUCCUGGAGAUCCUGGUCCCCCUGGUCCUCCUGGGUCCCCUGGUCCCCCAAUGGCUGCAGAAGAUCUUUUUGGUGGGUCACAUGAUUAUGAUGAUAGCUUUCCUUCUCCUCCUGAGUUCACGGAGGAUGAGGCUCUUCCAAGCAGCAACUCCACUGGUCUGUUCCAAGCGGAUCCCGGAGUUCAGGCCACACUGAAGGCUCUCAGCAGCCAAAUUGACAGCAUGCGUAGUCCUGACGGUAGCAAAAAGCACCCUGCUAGAACCUGUGAGGAUUUGAAGCAGUGUUAUCCACAGAAAAGGAGUGGGGAAUACUGGGUGGAUCCAAAUCAAGGCAGUGCAGAAGAUGCCAUCAAAGUAUACUGUAAUAUGGAGACUGGAGAAACAUGCAUUUCUGCAAACCCAUCAAGCAUCCCUCGCAAAACAUGGUGGAGCACUCCAGGGAGCAAGCCUGUGUGGUUUGGGGCCAACAUGAAUGGUGGAACAUAUUUUACCUAUGGAAACAAAGAUCAGCCACCAAACUCAGUGACUGUGCAGAUGACAUUCAUCCGUCUGCUCUCCAAAGAGGCCUCACAAACCAUAACUUACCACUGCAAAAACGCUGUUGGCUACAAAGAUGAGAGAACUGGAAACAUGAAGAAAGCAGUUGUCCUGAAGGCUUCAAAUGAUCUAGAGCUCAAAGCAGAGGGAAACAACCGCUUCAGAUACACCGUUCUAGAGGACAGCUGCUCUCAACCAAAUGGCAACUGGGGUAAGACGGUUUUUGAGUACAGAACCCAGAAAACAGCAAGACUGCCCAUCAUAGAUAUUGCCCCUGUGGACAUUGGUGGUUCAGAUCAGGAGUUUGGCAUUGAUAUUGGGCCUGUGUGCUUCUUAUAAAUGAAAGGCCAGAAAAAGGAGACCAUCAAGGAGAACUUUGAGACUCAUGAACCGAUUGCUGAUGCACUCAGCCUUGUACAUACCAUGAAAUGGACUACUUGGGCCCUGUAGCAAGAUAUUUAUUGUGCCUUUCCAAUCAUUUCAAAAAGAAUUGCAAUAAAGGUCAAGCCCAGAAAAUGUUAAAUGAUUAUUUGAAACGAAAAAUCUAAUACAUCAGUCUUAAGUUUCAUUUAAUCAAAUCACUAAAAUUUUCUGACAAAGAAAAAGGAGUGGAGAGAUAAUGUACUCAUUAAGGUGCUGCCUUCUGUCACAG